AUGAUAGCUCCAAAAAGUUUAUGGAAGGGAUUGUCUAAGUUUAAGAAGUUGACAAAAGAAGCUCGAGUGUCUGAGGACGUUGGAAAGCUUUGGCUGAUGAAGCAAGCCAUCUGGCAGAUUGACUCGCGUACCCUGAAACAUAUACCAAGACCUAAUUUUCAUGUGUAAUCCCCAAAUGUAGUUCAUCAAGCUGAUCUCAUUUUCCUUCCCCAUGAAAGACUCCCGAGAGGAAGGAAAGUCUAUAAGUAUGCAUUAAAAGUUUUAGAAAAGUUGCAAGCAGAUCCAAGUCUGCUGAACCUCUCACCUCAAAGGACUCCUCUGAGGUCUCAAGAACUUUUAAGACAGUUUAUAGGCAAGGACCACUGAGAUGGACCAGUGUUCUUCAAGUUGAUUUUCGGUGUGAAAUCAUGGCUGAAGUUGCAAGAGAGAUGGCAAAGUAUUGAUUGAGGAGAAGAAGAGGGAAUGUAAACGUUCACAGGGAUCAGGAGACACAUCCUCAUCAAAGAGAUCCACUGAAUGGGAGAAGUGACCAGGUUGACGGGAAAAAAUCCUGUUGACGCAAUCAAAGGUGGUUGACGGAAGAAGUUGGUUAA